ACGUUGUACCACUCUCCCUUCAUUCGUAUUUCAGUGGAGUGGUCGGGCCGUCUCUCAGUCACCAUAGCAGGCUGGCCAGCUACAUGAGGUUCGCUCACAGCGGGGGCUUUUGCUCUCUCCUGAAGUGAUCUCUGUGUUCACCGGAGACCGUUCUCUGCUCCUUGGAAAGUUGAUCUUCGCUCCUAGCUGCCUACUCUUGGCUGUGCUUGAGUUACUCUCGGCCCUUCUCCUUCCUUUCCAUCGCCAAAGCUCCAUCUUGUCGUACUGUGUCCUUGCUCUCUUAAAAAACUCGCUCGUCGUAGCGAUUUUCACUUCGCUGUGUUCUCUCUAUCAGCACCUCCCGACAUUGUCGUUCUUCUUUUCACACCCCUCUUCUCCUUCCUCUCUCUCUCUGUCUCUUCUUUUGCUACCCCUCGUUUCCUGUCUCGCUCUUGUCUUUUGCUACCCCUCUUCUCCUCUGUCUAAUUGAGUAGUCUUCAUUACCUUCCACCAUGGCGUUGUCCCGGUAUGAUCCCUUUUUUGGAUUUGGGCGGGAUUCUGUCCUUGGAUCCAUGGCAGACACAAUGCGGCAGAUGACGACGAUGCUGGGUGAUGACAUGUUCAAGAUGCUAGAUGAGCCCAGUCGCGCAUUCAUGCGGGAGUCGCACGCUAUGGCGAACACUGCAGUGGAUGUGAAGGAGACGCCCACGGCCUACCAGUUCGUCGCUGACCUGCCUGGACUUAGUCGCGAGGAGGUCAAGGUGCAGCUCGAGAAUGGAAACGUCUUGGUGAUCAGCGGAGAGCGCCACCGCGAGAAGACGACGAAGGGGGGAGAAGGAGGAGGAGAGAAGUAUCAUCGCAUGGAGCGCAGCUCCGGGUCGUUCAUGCGGCGCUUCACAUUGCCCGAGAAUUUGGAGGUGGAGAAGAUUGGCGCGCAGUGCAAGGACGGCGUCCUCACCGUCACGGUACCGAAGGUUCCGCCCAAGGAGCCGGAGAAGCCAAAGGUUGUUGACGUCAACAUCAGUUGAACGUUGUGGAAGUCGGACGAGUCUCAGCAAGCAAGGAAAUGUAUACUGAUUGUGCAUAUGCGGGUGUUCCGUUGCGCCGUCGUCCCUGUCUGAUGGGAAGCGUCGCACUGCGCAG